AUGCCUCCCUAUGUAGGUACUCCCAACUCGAUUCCGAUUGCUGAGGGCAACAGCGUUCAGGGAACUUCGGCCGAAGCAUCGAAGUCUUCCCGGGACUGUCAGCGGACACCAUCCCUCACUCUACCAGAAAACGAGCAGAAUGGAAUGCCGUCAGGGCAACUUCUUAGAUCUUCGCCUGACAGUUUUACGGCUGGAGCCAACAAAACCAAUUUGGGUUUUGGCGCAUAUCAAAAUGAACCAACCCAUAGAAAGUCAAGGUUGGGGAAGUUUAAUCCAACAGAUAUGACAAGAGCAGAGAUCGAAAACUGGCUUCGUGCUUCUCUUUCGGCUUCCCCCUUAGAAAAGAAGAGCGAAAAAUGGGAUUGA